AUGUGUUUUAGCAGCAAAGAUAGGUUGAAACGGGCUGUGACAAUUUGGAGUUUGCGCAAAAAUAAAGAAUUCAUAGUUGUAACAUCAAGCAAGAAACUAUGGAUUGUCAGAUGCAGGUUUCACGAAUCAUUAGGUUGUCGAUGGUUUCUUCGAGGACGAAAGGUUGGAGGUAGCCAUUGGAAGAUAGGAAAGUAUUUUGAUAAUCAUAGAUGUGAGACUGAAGGGAUUACUACAGGUCACGCUAACCUAGAUACCAAUUUAAUUUCAUCUUUGUUUCUAAAUCAAAUACGUAAAAAUCCCAAAUUGUUGGUAGUAGAUGUCAUUUCUAAGGUUCAUGAGAUAUUUGGUCAUCAAGUAACAUAUAGGAAAGCGUGGCUUGGACGCCAACGAGCAUUUAAAUUGGUGCAUGGUGAUUUUCAAAAAUCAUUUAGUGAGCUUCCUAAGUUUUUUGCAGCUUUUCAACACUUUAACCAUGGAACAAUUGUAGAAUGGAAACACGAAGAGUCAAUGAGUUCGUUAGUGGUAAAAACGUUUAAAUUUGUAUUUUGGGCUUUCAAGCCAUGCAUUGAUGGAUUCCAAACUUGUCGUCCAGUUAUUUCAGUAGAUGGAACCCAUUUGUAUGGUAAAUAUGAGAUAAAAUUAUUAAUUGCUGUUGGAAUUGAUGGAAAUGAUAACAUUCUUCCUCUAGCAUUUGCUAUUGUUGACAGGGAAUCGAAAGAGGCAUGGAAAUGGAAUCUCAGUGAUCUGAUGUGGAAUGCUGCAUCGGCUCAUCAAGUAAGGAAGUUCAAAGCUUUGAUGUGGGAAAUCAGGGAAGAAAAUGAAGAAGCAUAUGAAUAUCUCAUGCAAUUUCCAUUGGACAAAUGGACGAUUAGCCAUGAUGAUGGAAAAAGAUGGGGAGUGUUGACAACAAAUCUUUCAGAGUUUUUCAACGGUCUUCUAAAGAAAGCUCGAGGAUUUCCUGUCAUUGCCAUGGUGAGACUUUCAUUGGAGCAAAUAGUUGAACGGUAUACCCGUAGAUCUCAAACAGCGCACCAACUUGUAGAGCAAAAGGAAUUAUGGACAAGCAGGUUCAAAGUAAAGUGGGAGAAGAACUACGAAAGUUCAAAAAGACACUUUGUUUUUGAUUGGAAUAUAUCCACUGGGACAUAUGAGGUUAGAUCUAUUCAAGUUGAUGGUACUGGUGGUAAUCCUCAUCGUGUUUUAGUAAAUGAUAAAAAAUGUGAUUGUGGAAAAUGGGCUAAUUUGCACUUUCCGUGUUCACAUGUCAUGAAGGUUACUGAAAGAAUGGGAGGGAUAGCUAGAAAUUUUGUUAGCGAGCAUUUCACAACAGAGAAUUAUGUUGCUACAUAUUCCGGGUCAUUCUCACCGGUUGGGCACGAGGCAUAUUGGCCAUCUCCAAGUUUUAUAAUGAGAAGUAAUGAAUUCUAUCGUCAUCCUAAUCGACAAAGGGCAACUAGAGUACCUAAUGAGAUGGAUCGUGGUCCUGCAGUAUAUGGUCGAGCUUGCGGGUUGUGUAGAUAG